AUGAGGCAAUUAAUUCGCCUCACAACCAGAGUUUGUUCCAGAGGGAAAUUGAUAUUUGCUUCACGAUGCCGACACCCUUGCUUGCUGCAGUUUAUCGGAGCGACUUAUGACGAGGAAAUUCCACUGUUUGUUACUGAGCUGAUGGAAUCAAAUUUGCGCGAGCUACUGGAACAACGACCUCUUUCCCGUGAGGAAAUCACCGUAAUUUCGCUUGAUGUGGCUCGAGCGUUGAACUACCUCCACCAAAAGAAACCUUUCCUAUUUUUCACCGCGAUGUUAGUAGCGGCAAUGUGCUGCUGUGGCGACAGGCUAACCAGUGGCGAGGCAAAGUGUCAGAUUAUGGUUCUGCUAAGUUUGAGGAACAGUUCAUGUCAAUUGGCCCAGGAUGUUUCGCCUACAGUGCACCUGAAGUGCAGAUACCAGCAAAGCAGACAGCAAAGGUGAGAAAAUAAGCUUACAGAAUUACGUUGGAGAAGUUUUUUUAAAACAUGAACCCUUUACAAUUAAGGAUUAAGCGGUACUUGUGUCUUAACUCAGUCUUAAGUCGUGUGCUCGGUUAACGCAAAACGGCAAAGUGUGCUCAGUCUACAAAAACGGCAAAUUGUGCACGGUCUACACAAACGGCAGUGUGCUCAGUCUACACAAACGGCAGUGUACUCGGUCCACACAAACGGCAAAUUGUGCUCCGUCUACGCAAACGGCAAAAAGCUUGUGAAAACAGCGAUCUUAUUUCAUUGUUUCUUCUUGUCCUGCUUUUCAGAUUGAUGUCUACAGUUUCGGUGUUCUCCUCUGUGAAAUGUGCAUUCAGAAAUUCCCAGAGUAUCAAAACCGUGAACGUCAAAUGACUCAGAUGACAGACCAGGUAUUGCAAGACCUCGUCCGCCGAUGUGUGCGGUCAGAUCCCACUGAAAGACCAGACAUGACAGAGAUUAUCAGCACACUGGAAGAGUUCAAUAAAACGUUGUAA